AUGUUCGCUCUCACCGAUUUGCUUGUCUGCCUCCUGCAGUUUUUCACUACUCUAUGGGCAUGGAUCACUUCUCGUACGCGCUCUCCUUCCGAAGUCGACAUCGAGGCCGUGCUCGUCGCCUACAGUCCAACGACUGGGCACCCCGCAAAUCAGUGCCCUAUCUCAAAGGGUAAUGAAGGCUCUCGUGCAGGGAUUGUCGACACUAGCCAUACCCCAGCAGCAGUCUCUCCAGGAGAUCCAGAACGAUAUAUCCAGGAAGUCGCCUCUGCAACCCAAGCCUCGCCAACUCAAUGCAACACCAUCGCCUCCUGCUCUUCAAGUACGGACACCUUUGACUGUCCUCUCUCGCCUACCCCGUCAUGUUCGUCCCCGUGCCCAUCGCUCGACUCAUCGAUCGCGUCGACGCCAGUGUCCUCCUGUCCCGGCACACCACAGUUCCUGCCGACCGUCUGCGGGAUCGCGCCAGUUGGGGUCCUGGGCGACGACGUUCCCCUGCCGCCCCCAGCGGAGGACGCCCACCUCGAGGGCAUCAAGGUCCCGAAGUGUCGCCCGCUCCAGCUGCCGUCAGCCGCACAUACGCUUGUCGACGACAUCCGGCCUCCUGCCCCGCCGCCAGCGGAUGAUGCUGAGGCGGAUCCCUUCUGCCUUUCUGCUGGCUCUUAUUCCGCAGAUGGAAACUGGGACACGACGUCCCCCGCGGACGAUGCGGGCCCAUACAGCUUCAGCAUCUACUCGAGUGCCGCCAAGACACUCCGCGGGCACCCUGGCCGCAGGUCCAAGUCAGCCGCAUCGUCGAAGCCCACGUCAGCCGCCAUAUCCAGCACGCCCGCGCCCUCAAGCAUCCACAGCACGCCUAGCCCCGCGAGCGCCGUACCGCCUCAGGACGCCGUCAAGCCUCCUCCGUCCAGCAAGCCGCGCGCCCCGGUCCCGCCCGCUGCUCCCCGCGGCGUCCGGCCGCUCAGGCUGCCUCGCGGCGCCACCAAGCCCUGCUCCGUCGCACCGCCCGCGCCUCUGACCCCGACAGCGCCGCUCGUGAUCAGGAAGCGCAAGCCCGUCCCCUCCCGCGCGGCGCCGCCGCGCGUGUGCUCAGCACCCUCGGACGCCACGGCGGAGCGCCGCGCGUCGCAGCUCGACGACCUCAUCGCGCUCGUGGACGCCGCAAUCACCACGGGCAGCUUGGACGCCUUCGCAGCCCUCGGCUCCGCACCGCACGUGGGCGCGCUCGGUGCCGGCCACGCCGGAUCGCGCGUCGGGCCCGCAGGCGAUGUGGGCCACAACAGGCCCCGCAAGAUGCAGCAGCCCAUCUGCCAGCUCGAUCUCGGCGAAAUGGGCGCGGCACCGCGAGGGAAGGCCCGCCUGGACCUGGAGCCCGACGGGUCUGGUGGCGACGUCAUGCAAUGCUACGGUCUCGCGUUUUAG